UAAUUCAACACGACAACACAAAAAAUAUUUCAGUGUCAACCCAAAAUCACCAAAAUGCCAUCGCAAAACAUCGCCUCAGCCUCCCCUCAUGUUCUCAUUUUCCCAUUACCCCUGCAAGGUGCUGUAAACUCGAUGCUAAAACUCGCGGAACUCCUCUGUAUUUCAGAAAUUAAUAUAACAUUUUUGGUGACCGAACACAUUUAUUCCCGCCUCAUUCGCCACACCAAUGUCAUGUCGCGGUACCCUGGCUUCGUGCUGCGCUCGAUAUCCGAUGGCUUGCCAGACGGACACGAGCGCAGCGGAGCCAGGUACAUGGAAAUGUUCGAUUCCAUGAAAUAUAAUUCCAAGGCUCUUCUGAAAGAGCUUUUGACUUGUGGCGAGUUGGAGCAAGGGGGACGUGGACCGGUUACGUGUGUUAUUGCGGAUGGACUAAUGAGCUUUGUUUUUGAUGUGGCUAAGGAAAUUAACAUUUCGAUGUUUUCUAUGCGCACGCUCAGUCCGAGCUCUCUGUCUAUCUUCUUUUCGAUGCCUCAGAUGAUUCAAUCAGGAGAGCUUCCUUUUACUGGAGAUGAUCUGGACACUCCAAUCAAAAGUGUGCCUGGAAUGGAGAACUUUCUCCGGCGCCGCGAUCUUCCUAGCUUCUGCAGGUCCAAUACUCUGUCCAAUCCAAGCAUUCAGCUCUUCAAAAAUGAGAGUCAAGAAAAUGCACGCACACAAGGCCUAAUACUCAAUGCAUUUGAUGAUCUAGAAGGACCUGUUCUCGAUCACAUACAUGCUUCCUGUCCAAAUAUCUACACCAUUGGACCACUUCAUGCCCAUCUCAAAAAGAAGCUAGCUGGAACAUCUUAUUACAGGACAGCCUCAUCAAACAGUUUGAGAAAAGAAGACAGGAGUUGCAUGAGUUGGCUGGAUUCCCAGGCUUAUAAGUCUGUGAUUUAUGUUAGUUUUGGAAGUAUAGCAACUGUGACUAGGGACCAGUUAAUGGAAUUUUGGUAUGGCCUUGUUAAAAGUGGAUGCAAAUUCUUGUGGGUCAUUAGGCCGGAUUCUAUAUCAGGAGAUGGGGAGAUUCCGGCUGAGGUUCUGGAGGGAACGAAGGAGCGAGGGUAUAUUGUAGGGUGGGCACCCCAAGAGGAGGUCCUUGCUCACAAUGCAGUGGGAGGGUUUUUGACUCACAGUGGAUGGAACUCGACGUUGGAGAGUGUUAUUGAAGGCGUGCCUAUGAUAUGCUGGCCUUAUUUUAUGGAUCAGCAAGUGAAUAGUAGGUUUGUGAGUGAGGUUUGGAAGCUUGGCCUUGAUAUGAAGGAUACUUGUGACAGAGUUAUUGUUGAAAGGAUGGUCAAAGAACUGAUGAUCGAGAGGAAAGAUGAGUUCACAAAAUCAGCUGAUCGGAUGGCUAUGUUGGCAAAGAAGAGUCUGAGUGAAGGCGGGUCUUCUUGUUCCAACUUGGAACGUCUGGUGAAAGACAUUAAGGCGACAGCAGGCGUGGUGCACAAGGAGCAGCAAUAAACACAAGGAAGCAAAGGAGAACUCAUUCAUGUGGGAGAUUAUAUAUAGAUUGGAAUAUCUUACUUAGGUUCAGAUAUCUUUAGAUGUGGUGCAAUGUUAAGCUUAAAAUUCAUCAAAACACUGUGUUGAAUGUUAUAAAAGUUCUGGAAUCUCUUUCCUUUUAUAUCAGGAUUUAGUGCUUGUUCGGUUUAUGGUAGGAAAGUUGCAAUUAACAGGAAGUAUAAAAUUGUGUUUGGUAGCCGUGUGAGAGGUCACUCCUUGGAGUAAUUGUAAGUUACCAAGGGAGGCGUGAGUAAGCAACUUCUCAUAUUUUAAGGGUAU